AUGGAGACGAGCGCGCACCCCUAUUGGCCGCGCGCGCUGGCGUUGCCGGGUUACGUGGCGGGCGCGCGGCCCGGCUGGCAGUGCGCAGGCGCGGUGGCGGCGGCGGCGGCGGCGCUGUUUUCGCUGGGCUGGGCGCUGGGCGGGGCAGGGGGCGGGGCCAAGGGCGGGGCCAAGGGCGUGGUCAAGCGGAGCCCCGCCCGCCGGUUGGUCCUGGGCUGGUUCCUGCUCUGCUCCGGUAUCCACGGGGUCCUGGAAGGAUAUUUCAGCCUCCGGCACCGGGAGCUGCCCGCCGACACCGGGCUGCUGGCUGACGUCUGGAAGGAGUACGCCAAGGCCGACAGCCGCUACAUGACGAGCGAUGACUUCACGGUUGCCAUGGAGACGGUGACAGCCUGGGCCUGGGGUCCCCUCAGCUUCCUCACCUUCCUCGCCUUCCUCCGCCACCACCCGGCCCGCUACGUGCUGCAGCUCAUCGUGUCCCUCGGGCAGCUCUACGGGGACGUUCUCUACUUCGCCACCGAGGCUCGGGCGGGCUGGACCCACAGCGACCCCCGCCCCCUUUAUUUCUGGGGUUAUUUCGUGGGGCUCAACGGGCUCUGGCUGCUGGUGCCCGGCCUCCUGCUCCUCGACGCCUGGCGCCAGCUGGCCACCGCCCAGCGCGGCCACGACCGGCCCCGCCACAAGGCCCACUGAGCCCGGGACCCCCCGAGGGACCCCCCGGAACCUCCUGGAGCCCCCCCGGCCCUUCCCUGGGUCCAGGGGGUUCCGCGGGCGUCCCCCGGCCCCGUUCUGGGGGGGUUUCGGGCUCGGUUUUGGGGUGUGCGGAGGGAGCUCCCCUCGUUCCUGAGGGGGUGGGA